GCCGUAGCAUCUGUGCUCCUGAACCUCACUGAGCUCGAGUCCCAGAUAAAAAACAAUUUAUAACAAUGGGGAAACAGAAAGAAACCAUCAGGAAAAUUCAAGACUUAUUCCGUAUAAGAAACAUGCUGGUAAAACAAUGCCUUGCUGAAUGUCUGGGGACUUUAAUUCUCGUGCUGUUUGGCUGCGGGGCACUGGCACAGAUCACUCUCAGUCGGGGAACGCACGGAGCCUUUCUAACAGUCAACUUAGCCUUCGGAUUUGCGGUGACUCUUGGUGUGCUUGUGGCCGGUCAAGUGUCGGGAGCUCACCUGAAUCCUGCUGUGACCUUUGCUUUGUGUCUACUUGCUCGUGAGCCCUGGAUCAAAUUUCCCCUUUUCUCUUUGGCACAAAUAUUGGGUGGAUUUCUUGGAGCAGGUAUCAUCUUUGGAUUAUAUUUUGAUGCAAUUUGGCUCCAUGGUAAUAACCAUCUGAUAGUAAUGGGACCUAAUGCUACUGCUGGGAUAUUUGCGACUUACCCGUCUGAACACUUGACUUUAAUCAAUGGUUUCUUUGAUCAGCUGAUUGGCACAGCAGCUCUCAUCGUCUGUAUCCUUGCCAUUGUGGAUCCAUUCAACAACCCGGUGCCAAAGGGAGUGGAGGCCUUCACUAUUGGCUUUGUGGUUCUGGUAAUCGGCUUGGCAAUGGGCUUUAACUGUGGCUACGCUGUGAACCCAGCCAGAGAUUUUGGACCUCGCUUGUUUACCUCACUGGCUGGCUGGGGCACCAAAGUCUUCAGUGCUGGAAACUACUGGUUUUGGGUGCCCAUUCUAGCCCCGCUCCUUGGUGCAGUGCUUGGUAUUCUGGUUUACCAGCUGAUGGUUGGCAUACACACCGAACCCGAAGAAAACCAUUCAUCCAGUGCAGAAGAAAGAAUAAAACUGGCCAACAUGAAGCCGAAAGAAAACUGCUGAUGACAACUGGAGAAAACUGGCUUUAAAACGAAGACUGAAUUCAACAAUUGGCCAAAUUCUGGAAACUCUGAAGUACCUGGAAAAUAGAAUAAAUCUAGACUCAGUUCCUACUCCAUCAUUUCUUUUGUGCACAGCUCAGGAAAAUGGGCAGAAAACAAUUUGAGAUGUCUCAACGACGUGAUAAAGGCCUAUAUCAAAUGCAAGGAUUUUUAUUAUCAUUUCACUUCAACACUGUAUAUAAGCUGGACUUCACUUGUUCCAACGCAAAACACAUACUUUCACUUUUUAUUACUACUAUUUCUGCUUUAUUUUUGUGUAAUAACUCUUUAUCCUUUAUUGCCUUUGUGUAACAUUUCUGUUUUAUCCAAUAAAGGAUUGGGGAAAAUUG